UUUACAACUUGGAAUAUCAAAAUUUCUUUUUUUCUUAUGUUGUUUAUGUCUAUUUCUGUUGGGAGUAAUAUUAUAUCUCUAUAAUUAUGUGAUAAAUUUUAAAAUGGAUCACAUACGAGCCAGAUUUAUUGAUGGUGCACUUGUAUACCCUUCAAAAUGUUUAAAUUCAAUCAAACCAUAUUUUAUAUAUGAAAAUUAUGAAUAUUAUGAUAACAUUGAUCAAAAUAUAAAAUUCAAAGGUGGGCAACACAUAAACCUUAAAGACAAACAUUUAACCUUUCAUGCUACUGAAAAUCAUAUACAAAAAAAAGUUAUAUCAGGAAUUACACAUAUAGAUGAUCUUAUAAAUCAAAUUAUUCAUUAUAUAAUAAGAGAUUAUAUUGAAAUUUGGUUUUAUUACAUAUCAGAUGAUCUUUAUUUUAUUAAUGAAAUUCAACAAUGUAUGAGCUAUGCUUUAGCAAAAAUAUGCCAGCAAUUGAAAUGCAUUAAUUUUACCCCAUACAUAACUAAAAAUUUGGUAGAAGAUUUUGUUAAUCACAUCAAAAUUUAUAAACAUACAAUACGAAAGCUUUUGAAAAUACAAAGAAACAAUACUAUUACAAAAAUUAAUGAAAACUUAAAUAUACCCAGCAAUAACCCUAUAGUGGAUUACAAUAAUUAUAAAUAUCAUGAGGAUGACCAUAACACACAGAUUCCGAAUGGAUCAAUUAAAACAAAUAUAUCAAAAUUAAAAUCAAAAGAGAUAAACAGAAUGAAAUACCCACCUACUUCCAUACCUCACUAUAUAUGUGACAUGUAUAAUGAUGUUCGCGAUAUAGAGAAACAAUAUUUUGAAAUAGAAGCAGAAUUCGAAAGUUUUACCAAGUGUCACGAUGACGUAUGCCUCGACCCUAAACAAAAGAAUGCUUUUCUCAACGUUUUUGCUCAAAUUGUUCUAUACAUACUCGUUCCCGCCGAAGAAUUUACCAGAGCUAUUAAGAAUCUCCUCACGGAAAUUUUAGUUAACUCGGUGUUGAUACCUGUCAUUGAAUUAUUUUCAGAUCCCGAUUACAUAAACCAAACGAUUAUCUGGCUGUGUUCUCAAUACUCGAUAACGAACGAUAAUUUUUUGGAGGUUGUGAAGGUGCUAGAUAAUGUUCGCGAACUUGAAGCUAUUAAAGAAAUCGUAGGGCAAGAAAUUGCCUCUGAAAGAUCCAAGGAUACAGGGGGAAUCGAUGAUGCCGAAGUUAAACAAAGGUUACAAAGUUUGACGUACCUUAAAAGAUUGAUCGACUCACGGAUUAAGAGGAUGGUUCAAGGAACUUCUUAUUCUGAACUGAGCAACAAAUUUAAAGCCUUAUCUCCUGACCAAUCCGAGCAGUUGAAAAAUAUCAAGCUAUCCUUUAUUUUAGACCAUACGUUAUCAUUGGAUUAUUUUUUAAAUUACCUGAACACUAUCAACUGUCAAAACUACAUGUACUUCUAUCUUACAAUCGAAUCAUUCAGGUCUCUAGCCCGGCAACACAUAUCGAUAGAAAAUGGGGGUGGUCUAUCAAUGUCAUCGGUUACCCAUCAGAAUACAGCUAACCAGCCCAUAUGCAUCAAAUUAGUCAGAAACGAGGCCCAAAAGAUAUUCGAUCAAUACCUGAUUGAUAAGGCCCCUCAUCUUAUAAAAUUGAAUCCGGUUUAUAUAAAAGUUUUACGAGCCAAACUAAAAAAUGAAAUUCCUAACGCCACAUGGUUUGAUGAUUUGCAAUUUGAGGUUUUAGACAUUUUUAUCAAAGAAGAUAACGGGAUAUUCGAAAAUUUUAAGAAAAGCGAUUUUUUUUACAAAUUACUUGCCGAGAUGGACAUGCUACCUGAAACUAAAGAUACUUCGGAGACUAGUUCACUGCACGAAUAUCCUGUUUCACACUUUUCGCCCACUAUAUCCUCACACCCAUCAGACAAAAGUGCUUUUUCGAAUUACGGAUUUAGGAGCGCGAGUGCUCAAAAUUUGAUAUCUAAAUAUGACAUGACAACGACGUCCUCCUACCCUCCUUCUUCCACGUUAAUACCUAAAAGUAAACAUUUACAUGAUAAUAAUUCUCAAAUACAUCCCAACAUCCUCAAACGCGCACUUGAAUUGGAAUACAAAAUCAAUGCUCACGUGACUCAUAUAGUCGUCUCCAGGGAAUCCGAUAAAACGUAUGCAAUGUACGCUAUAACUAUAACCAGGCAGCCUUAUCAAAUGUCUGAUGAUGCUAGGCAGAAAUGCAUGAAGGCUAAUAAAGAUAAAACCAAAACAGGCACUAAUGACGAUAAACAACUUUACUCUGGUUUCGAUAACAAAGUUGAUACCUGGUGCGUAUAUAGGCGAUACAGCGAAUUUCACGAUUUUCAUAUGAAUCUCAGGGAUAGGUAUUCCGAUGUUGACGAAUUACGGUUUCCUCCGAAAAAACCGUUUGGAAAUAUGACUAAAGAUUUUUUGGAAAAACGCCUUAAAAUGCUAGAUUCUUAUCUCAAGGUCUUAAUGUCUCCUGAAUUCGUUAGAACUCACAAAGGGCUGAAAGAAUUAUUGGACCAGUUUUUGGAAUCCGGCCCAUACGAAAAAUGGAACGGGCAAAUAGCUAGAAAAAUGGAUACUUUUGUAAACCCUCUAAAAUCUUCCGUCAGAUUUAUGGGAAGCGUAGUCAAAACAGUUCCAGAAAAUAUUGCUGACGGGGUUAUAAAAGUAUCGGAUACCAUGAAAGAUGGAGUUGAAAAGUUCAUUAAUCUUACUCAAUUCAUACCGGGUUUCAAAAUGCUCAAUGAAGAACACUCUUUAACCAGCAAUUACACAAUUAAUAAAGCUUCUCUUACAGAUAUGGAGGAUGAAGAAAACAUCACUUUUAAAAUCUUGAUACUUUUGAUGGACGAAAUAUUUGAUCUCAAAACUCGUAAUCAAUGGCUGCGGCAUCGACUUAUGGUCAUUUUAAGGCAAGUUUUUCAAGUUACCUAUGGUGGAACUAUGAACAAAAAAAUGUUGGAGCAAAUAGACUACCUGACAUCUACCGAACAAGUCGCUCAUUAUUUGAAAAAAUUUCGUGAUUCAUUCUGGCCAAAUGGGGUAUGGGCUGGUCCUCAAUUCGUUCGUAGCGAUGCCGUUAAAGCUAGGACAAAAGUACUAGCUUUAUCCAAGAUAUUCGCCGCCAUUCCAGAUGAAAUUAAGACCCUUGUCGGUAGCGAAACAACUAAAGACGGAAUCAAGAUGACGUUCGAUAUGUUUCAGGUUAAGUCCUUCAAUCGUCGUUUCCUAUUCGUAAUACUCGAAAGUUUGUGCCCUCUGAUAUUCGCCGGCGGUUUAGGUCACAGAAUGAUCAAAAUAAUGAGCCAAAAAUAUCUGACUCGAACUCGAAAAGAUUCAAAUUUCGAUGCUCACGAUGACAACAAAUCUCAUAAACUUCCAAACGUGACUACUAACAAAGAAGCUUUGUUUAAAAAUAAAAGCACGAGUAACUUUCAAUCUAGCGACAGCGUGGUUAAUGGUAGUACGAUUUAUAAGCGCGAUACUAAUUAUCCUUUACACCUUUCAUCAUCCACGCAAUUGCGCAACUCUAAUAAUGACUACUUCCAACAUAGCGCUAAAUCUAAUUCUUUGCCUAUUCAUGCUAAGGAUAUUGCAAAUAACUUUGCCGAGUUUGCUGAGCUCUGUGAAAAUAAAACGAGCGAUUCGUUUAGUCAUAAUGAAUAUGUAAAAAACGACAAUGAUAAAAUGGAAUAUAUUGGCAGCAAUCAUACCAAUGCGAAGAGCUCCAACAGUAUACAACAAAUAUGUGAUGUAUUACCAAACAAUUUUAACCAGCCUAAAUAUGUUGUUCACAAAACCUUGGCAGUUACUAAUGAGUCAGAGGUCAAAAAACAUAAAAGAAAUUUAUCUACCCCGCUAUCAAAAACUGUGAUAAAUCUUAAAUAAAAAAAAGUGUCUUCUUUCUACUUAAAUUUUUUUUACACAACUAUUUAUCAUUUUUAGAGAAUAUUAGUUUUUCUUCUUCCA